CAGUUGCGUGCGAUGAGCCAGCUGCAGCGGCUUGCGUGGAAUGGCCUGCGCAUCGGCACCGGCGCCUACUGCCUCAAGACGUACGUCGGCGACAUCAUCCUCGGCCUCGGGCCGUCCAUGACGCCAACGAUCCCAGAUGGCACCAUCUUGCUCGUGGACCGCCUCUCGCUGCGCUGGAGACCCGUAGCCGCCGGCGACGUCGUCCUCGCCUACUCGCCCGUGAAGCCCGAGGCUUCCAUGUGCAAGCGUGUCAUCGCCAUGGAAGGUCAAGUCGUCAAGCGCCGACCCGUCGGCGAUGCCACCGAGCCCGACACGAUCACGAUUCCGCCGGGGCAUGUCUGGGUCGAAGGCGACAACUCGGGCAUGUCGGUCGACUCGCGCCACUUUGGGCCCAUCCCGCUCGCCCUCGUCUUUGGCCGCGUCGCGUUCACGCUCUGGCCCAGCUGCGCCCGCGUGCGCUAAGCAGCCUUAUGAAACAACGAAGAUAGAUUGCAGCAUCGAUAUCUUGCCUAUUCGGGUUUCUCUCGCGGUGGUUUAGAGACCAUUGUUGCGUCCAACGCCAGAGGUUCUCGCAUGGUUGCCCCGAUGAAUCGCACGAGUUGCUACACUGCUUGACCCACAAUCAGGUGAAAGAAGCGCGUGCAAAUACUCUAUUCUACUUGCACACCGCGCCCAUGCUUCCAAAACUAGUUGAAAAGCACAAAGCCCAAUUGACGGCAGCGGCGAGUCGCUCGACGACGG